CGUGAACUGCUACGUUCACGGACAUGACGGGUCUAGCUUUGUGCAGCUGGUCAAUGCAGGAUACUAUUGAUUGACUUGUUCUGGAAUGAGAACGAAUCACACAGAUCACCACAAGCAGUCCGACAGAAUUCCUUUUUGAGAGCAAAAGAACAUAAUGGCACAACAAGCUCCUGGUGCCCCACCACAACAAGGAUCUCAGCAGCCAGCCUGGUCUCCCAGUACUGUUGCCGAGGGUGCCCCUCCUUACCAGUUUGCCAAUGCUGCCGAAACCGACCGAGAAGAUAACGAGAACGCGACCGAGGGCGGCGACGAAAAACCCGACGUGAACUCGUUGGAACCAGUGCCAGGAUAUGAGGCUGUGGCUUUUGAAGAUGGACCCCCAGUGCCUCCCCCUGUUUACGAACCUCCUACAGAAGGUGACCGCCCUCAAGAAGUCUUCGACUCGAGAGAUGGUAUUGGGGAGGAGGCCGCCAGGGCGGCCAUUUUGACCUUCGUUGACCAACAUUGCUGCUACGGUUCCAGACCAGCCAAAAACAUGACCAUCAGCAAGAUCAUUCCAACUCAAGGGCUUCACUACCAGCUAGAAACCUUCAACGAAGCGAGGUCCACCAGUCGAAAUUUCACACCUUACGCUGGCGGGUACGUAGACGGGCCCCAGAACGGUGCGCCCCCGCCUGUGUGGUCCAUGGCAUGCAAGCCGGACCAACAGUUCGUUACUCACAUAAAGCAUCUAGAAGUCCCUCACACUUCGGUUGUCAGGCAAUGCCAUCGUUGUGUCGGAUAUGGUUUUGUGAUGUGCGAACGCUGUGGUGGACGGGGACGGGUUCAAUGCAGUUCAUGUCUUGGAAGCGGCAGUAGGACUGAACGCCGUGAUGGUGAAAGCCGUACUGUUAGUUGCACCUGGUGCAGCGGUUCAGGACGACGAACGUGUAACCGUUGUAAGGGUGACGGUAGAGUCAUAUGCCCCACUUGUAGCGGCUAUAGACAGCUUCGUCACUUCAUUAUGCUGACUGUCUCCUACACCAACAAUUUGGAGGACUACAUCUUGGAACGCUCGGACAUGCCUGAAGAGCUGAUUAGGAACGUCAGUGGGCAGACUAUCUUUCAGCAGACGUUGCCUCAUGUGUGGCCUAUAUCCCAAUACCCCAUCCAAGAGGUCAACGAGAAUUCGAUUCGUCUGGUUGAAAAACAUCGCACCGCCUGGCCACAUGCUAUGACUCUUCAACAGCGUCAGACACUUCGCUCUGUACCUGUGACUGAAGCUCAUUAUGACUGGAAAAACAUUAGCACUCGUUUCUGGGUCUAUGGCUUUGAGCAUGAGGUCCACGCCCCGGACUACCCCCACCAGUGCUGCUGGGGGUGUACUGUCCUGUAAGGUCAAUGAGGGGUCAACUGGGUCAAAGUGAGGAGUCAGCUGGGGUCAGUGUAAGGGGUCAGCUGGGGUCAAAGUGAGGGAUCAGCUGGGGUCAAAGUGAGGGGUCUUCUAGGGUCAAAGUGAGGGGUCAGCUGGGGUCAAACUAAAAGAGUCAGUCAAGUGGGGCCAAACUGAAGGAGUCAAGUGGGGCCAAACUGAGGUCAGGUGACCUGAGAGUUCAAAAGUGCAUGGGCAUUCCUGACAAAUAUAUCAGAAAUUGUUAUCAAAUGGUUCAAGUUUACAAAAUUAUGGCAGUCUGCCUUUGAUUCCAUUGUCUGUAUGAAUGCAGAGUAUGACUGGAUCUGUAAAUUGUUAUGUGUUUGUAUAUGUACAUUAUGCGUGAUUGCUUUGUUGUGUGCUUCAUAUUAACAUAAUUAAAAGUACAUGCUAACAAUUAUUAAGUAUAUCCAGCUCAAAAUAUUUAAUUGGCAAUGCCAAGUCUCCACUCAGUUUUAGAUUUAACCCUGGAGCGAAGUGUAGAAUUUUUUUAAAAAUUAAUUGAGUAUUUUAAGCUGUGUCGGGGCCCAAAUUCACGGUCCCGUUGUUAGCACAGAAUCAUGAUAAACACAGAAAACAUUUUUAUUAGCAAAACUUUUAUAAUUGGUUGAUAAUUAGGUAUUAUUUUUUAGAUGCAGCAAGUGUUGUAUGUAAUGGUAUUUAAAUUACCAUUUGAAAGAAAUUUGUAUUUGAAGUGCUAUACAUCCCACAUGUACUAUAUAGUGUAAAGUACUAGCCACUUUGUAUUUGUGAUCAUUACCAUGACAACUGAAAUUGUAUGAAACUCGCCUUACCAUUGCAACUGUCAUAGAAGAAAUAUUUUUUUGUUUAAAUAUUCCGUAGUUCAAUAGAGGGAAUGUGUCUCUAAAAAGAAAUUUUAAACUUAAACUUAAAUUUCUAUAAAAAAACCCAACAUAUAUUCAAAUUUCAUAAACCUUAAAAUGAUACCUUUAGUUGCAUGAUUUGUUUUUAAACCUUGUAGCGUUUUCAGAUUACCAGUUCUUAUAUAUCAAUUCAUCUCAUUUUUUUGUUAAUUAUCACACUUUAAUUAUCAAUGUUACUUUUUGAACUUUUUAAAUUAUCAUUCCUGUAUCACAAUUAAACAUCCUUAUUGUAAUGCAUUA